GGGGAAAGAUGACUGAUAGAGUGGUUAAAGAGGUGAUACUGUCAAUUUAGUCACUUGCUGCUACCUUUCAUGAAGAGCUGCCAUUUUGGGUCUCCACUUGAACUUGGAGCUGCUCCAGUGAGAAUGAUUGAGGAGUGUGGAAAAAGAGGGAAGACCAUGGCUGAGAAGAGACAACUCUUUAUGGAGAUGAGGGCCCAAAAUUAUGAUGUAAUCCGUCUUUCGACCUAUCGGACAGCAUGCAAGCUGCGAUUUGUCCAGAAGAGAUGUAAUCUCCAUCUGGUUGAUAUAUGGAACAUGAUUGAAGCUUUCCGGGACAAUGGCCUCAACACUUUGGACCACAGCACAGAAAUCAAUGUAUCCCGGUUAGAGACCAUCAUCUCAUCCAUCUACUACCAGUUGAACAAACGCCUUCCAACUACUCACCAAAUCAGUGUGGAACAAUCCAUCAGCCUGCUCCUCAACUUCAUGAUAGCAGCGUAUGACAGUGAGGGCCAUGGGAAGUUGACCGUUUUCUCAGUCAAAGCAAUGCUGGCAACCAUGUGCGGAGGAAAAAUUCUGGACAAACUGCGGUAUACAUUCUCACAGAUCUCAGACUCCAAUGGGAUGAUGGUAUACUUGAAGUUUGACCAAUUCUUAAGGGAGGUGCUUAAGUUGCCUACAGCUGUUUUUGAGGGACCGUCUUUUGGCUACACAGAACACGCAGUCCGAACCUGCUUCCCACAACAGAAAAAAGUUACCUUAAAUAUGUUUUUGGACACAAUGCUGGCUGACCCUCCUCCACAGUGCCGUUGGUUACCACUGAUGCACAGGCUUGCCAAUGUGGAAAAUGUCUUCCAUCCGGUGGAGUGCUCACACUGUCGUAGUGACAGUAUGAUGGGUUUCCGGUAUCGUUGCCAACAGUGCCACAACUACCAACUCUGCCAGACCUGCUUCUGGCGUGGUUAUGCCAGUGGCUCCCAUAGCAACCAGCACCAAAUGAAGGAGCACUCCUCUUGGAAAUCACCUGCAAAGAAGUUGAGCCAUGCAAUUAGCAAGUCCCUUGGAUGUGUACCAAGCAGAGAGCCACCUCAUCCUCUAUACCCCGAGAUGCCAGAGAAACCUCUGGAUUUGGCCCAUAUAGUCCCUCAACGAUCUUUGCCAAACAUGAAUGAUGCAGUGGUUUCCCAUUCAGUCUUAUCCUCCGGAGCACCUACUCCUACUAAAAGGUUACACUGCGGGCUGGACUCGGCCAGUCGGUUGGCUGAUGAGCACGAUCUGAUAGCAGUAUAUGUGAACCGGCUGCAGAAUGGCACACGUGUCCUCGAUAGUCCGAGCAGAUUGGAUGAAGAACACAGGCUGAUAGCGAGAUAUGCUGCUAGACUGGCUGCAGAAGCUGGAAACACACAGCGAUCUGCCUCGGAGCUGGCCUUCAACUUUGAUGCCAACAAGCAGCAGCGGCAGCUAAUUGCAGAACUGGAAAAUAAAAAUAGGGAAAUCUUACAAGAAAUCCAACGUCUCAGGUUGGAACAUGAGCAGGCCUCACAACCGACCCCAGAGAAGGCACAGCAGAAUCCUACCCUGCUGGCUGAAUUGAGGCUACUGAGGCAAAGAAAAGACGAGCUUGAGCAGCGGAUGUCAGCCUUGCAGGAAAGUCGUCGAGAGCUGAUGGUGCAGCUCGAAGGACUGAUGAAGCUACUCAAGGAAGAGGAGCAGAAGCAGGCAGCUCAAGCAGCUGGUUCCCCGCGUUCCUCACCCAGCCACGGUGCCAGUCAUCCCAUGCCAAUGCCCGUUAGGUCCACGUCUGCAUGUUCCACACCAACCCACGGUCCUCAGGACUCUCUGUCUGGGGUUGGGGGAGAUGUGCAGGAAGCUUUUGCACAAGGUGCUCGGAGAAACCUGCGAAAUGAUUUGCUGGUGGCAGCUGACUCCAUUACAAACACCAUGUCCUCGCUGGUCAAGGAGCUCCAUUCAGCAGAUGAAGGGUGUGAGGAAGAUGAAGACGCAGAGAAGCUGCAGAAUGGAAAGGAACGUGGUUAAAAAGGAAGAUGGAAGGUGUAAAAUAAUUCAAGCACAGUGACUAUAUAAAGCAACCAAUCAUACUUGACCUAUGCUCAUCCAUUCGACCCACACUUCUUUCAGCUGUUGAAGACACCAUCAUGUGAAUGUAAAACGAAAACAAACAAUCUUUUGCUGAAGAAAACUUUCCGGCUCGGCUCAUUGAAGGGCUUUGGCACAGGGAUACAUUCGCAAUCGUCCUCUAGAUAUGUGCAUGAGUUAUUUUCAUCUUCACCAACUUCGUACCGUUUUCUAUCAUUAAAAAGUCUGUUGUAAGAA